GCCGUUUUUUUGCUCCUUGGUGGAUUCCCAGUCGCUACAGAUAGAGCGCCUCUUCUCGGAGAACUCAGGGCUGGCAGCUGGGCUCAAGGAGGUCUCCGCCAUUGCCGCCCGCUGGGAGGCUCAGGUGCGAGCAUGGCAGCAGCUCCAGAGCGAGCAGCAGCAGGCGGAUAGCAGCAAAGAGGCAGCAGCAUCAUCAUCAACACCAGGUGCAGCAGCAGCAGCUUCUUCAACAGCAGCAACAGCCAGUACAGCCGGAGUUCCGGGAGGAUCAGGAGGGGAGUUGUUGGGAGGCAUGUCAGCAGCAGCAGCAGCGGGAGCAGGAGGAGGAGCGGCGGCAGCAGCGGCAGUGGGUCCGGGGCUGGGAGAUACCGACACAGAGGCAGACAUGGACGACCAAGAGCUGCCAGUCUCCACCUCCCCCAGGCAGCACCUGGAGCUGCCACCGUUGUCUGCCUCCGGAAGCUUAGCAAAUGGGGAGCGGAAGGUGGAGGUGGUGGCGCUGCUGGGAGGUGAUGCGCUGGUGGUGGGGGCAGGGGUGGUGGAAGGCGGGGAGGCGGGGGCGGGGGAGGGGGAUGGGGAGAGGAAGGAGGUGGGGGCUGGGGCUCGUGGUGGGGAGGAUGGGGGAGAGGGCCAGGGGAGGGGAGCGGGUGUGGAGGCGAAAGGAGGGGAUUCGGUGGGGUCGCUGAGGGAAGAGAACAGGAAGCUCAAGGACGAACUGAGUGCUGCCCAGCACCGCAUCCGCCAGCUGUCGGUGCAGUCGCUGCGCUCCAGCGCCAGCUGUACCACCGCGGUCCAGAGGCUGUCACAGACCAAGCGACUGUACGGCCCUCUGUUGAACAGCAUCGAGCAGAAACUUCUGCAGUACAAGCAAGAAACGCCAGCCAAUGGCCACCUGUGAAGUCGCUUGACCAGGAUAGCGCUAACUUGGUACUGUAUUUAUCAGGUGGACCUUUUAUUAAGCCGUGUAACGUGAAUUUAUGCAGUUAACUUGUGGGCAACUGGCUGACAGAAGAAAAUUGUUGUUGCGAAACGAUUUGGUUUGAGAAUGAUGU